AGGUAAAUGUUCAAUAUAUAUUAUUUUGUUCCGCUCGUUUUAACACGAAACACUCUCCUGCUGAUCAAGACGCGCCUGCUACCGGCACGCAGUUCAAAAACGGGAAGCGGAGUGAUACAAUACACACGAUCGUUGUCGCUAGUUGUCAAACCAAGGGAGGGUAGGCUACCUGAGCGGACAAGUCGCGUAGGUUGGGAAUUAAUAUAGAAAUUGGAGCAUAUAAAUGUCAUUUGAUGUGCUGAAAUGACAGUUUUCAAUGCGGGAUCUAUAUCAUUCAGUUGAUUACAGCUGUUCCAUUGCAACAGCUGCUGAUGUUUUUUUCCGUUUGUUCUCUUGGACGAUAAAAAGAUGAUCAUUGUAGUACUUCGUUACAGUGCCUAAGUUGUCAGUGAGCUGUCGGGGCGUGGCGGCAUGCGAUCCCCCUGAGCAAGACAGCGUCCUCCAGAGGUGACAGCAGGGAGGACAGGCAGCAGGAUGCCAGUGCAGGCGGCCCAGUGGACAGAGUUCCUCUCCUGCCCCAUCUGCUACAACGAGUUUGACAGCAGCGGCCACAAGCCCAUCAGUCUGGGCUGCUCGCACACUGUGUGUAAGACCUGUCUCCACAAGCUGCACCGCAAGGCCUGUCCGUUCGACCAGACAGCCAUCAACACUGACAUCGACCACCUGCCAGUCAACAGUGCCCUGCUACAGCUGGUGGGAGCUCAGGCUGUGGAGUCCCAGGCUGUGACUCUGAGCAGUGCUGUGGAGGUAGGGCACUAUGAGGUGUGCAGGGUGUGUGUGGAGGAGCUGGCUCUCUAUCUCAAACCCAUCAGUGGAGAAAAAGGUGUGGUGACCCUCAGUCCGAGCGUGCUCAGUCGGCCCAUGCAGAGGAAGCUGGUGACACUCGUCAACUGUCAGCUGGUGGAGGAGGAGGGGCGGUUGCGGGCGGUGCGGGCGGGCAGGUCGCUAGGGGAACGUACCGUCACAGAGCUCAUCCUGCAGCACCAGAACCCACAGCAGCUCUCUGCUAACCUGUGGGCCGCCGUCAGAGCACGGGGAUGCCAGUUCCUGGGGCCUGCCACGCAGGAGGAUGCUCUGAAGCUGGUACUGUUGGCGCUAGAGGACGGCUCAGCUCUGUCCAGGAAAGUUCUUGUCCUUUUUGUGGUCCAGAAGCUGGAGGCUCGGUUUCCUCAGGCCUCCAAAACCUCCAUAGGACAUGUGGUCCAGCUACUCUACAGGGCCUCCUGCUUUAAGGUGACCAAGCGUGACGAGGACUCGUCGCUGAUGCAGCUAAAGGAGGAGUUCCGUGCGUACGAGGCGCUGCGUCGCGAGCAUGACGCCCAGAUCGUACACAUCGCCAUGGAGGCGGGGCUCCGUAUCUCCCCUGAACAGUGGUCCUCUCUGCUCUAUGGAGACCUCAUCCACAAGUCACACAUGCAGUCUAUCAUCGACAAGCUCCAGUCUCCAGAGUCCUUUGCAAAGAGUGUCCAGGAGCUGACGAUAGUUCUACAGAGAACAGGAGACCCAGCCAAUCUGAACAGCCUCAGACCACACCUGGAACUACUGGCCAACAUCGACCACAACCCAGAUGCAGCGGCGGCUCCGUGGUGGGAGGAGCUGGAGAGUGUGAUGCUGGCGGUGAAGGUGGUCGUUCAUGGUCUGGUUGAGUUUAUACACAACUUCAGUAGGAAGAGCCAUGAGACAGCACAGCCGCAGCCCAACAGCAAAUAUAAGACCAGUAUCUGUCGAGACCUCCGGCAGCAGGGUGGCUGUCCCCGAGGAUCCAACUGCACCUUCGCACACACACAGGACGAGCUAGAGAAGAACAGAAUGAGAAACAAGAAGAUCAGUGGCGUGGGCCGGCCCUUCCUCCUGGCCCAGGGGAGUAUGGGUAGUGGUCUGAGUAUGGAGGGGGGCGACUCAGGAGAAGAGGCCUGCACUGGGGACCUGAAGAGCUCAGACAAUGAGGGGUCAGGGUCCCUAAAGGAGGGGGCCACACCCUCCCAGCUCAUGCCCAGGGGAGAGGAUAUGAUGGAGGAGAUGAAGAGGGAGAGGUCUGUACUUAACGGAUCCACAGGCUCCAGCCGAUCCUCAUCUGGCUCUAUGGAACAGAAGUCUAUUUCUCCUCCAAAGACACCAGUCAAUUCCUCCUCAGCUCCUUCUCCCUAUGGCCCCGGGUCUAGACUAGAGUGUGACUCUGCACACCCCAAACAGCACCUAAUGAUAAGACCCCUUCCUCAGCCCCCUCCCCACCAACCUCAGUCCUCUGAACUGUGUUACCAGGACCCCCAACCUCCCUACGACGUGCAGCCCUACCAGCCAGCCAGUAACUACUACCCCUCUGCGAUACACCACCACAAACCCUGCGUGGCUCGCUUCCUCCGUUCCAGCCACGUCCCAGAGUCCUCUCUGCCUCCCUCCAUGGCCCCUCUGUACUCAGAGCAGUAUCCCUCCUUGCCCCCACCACGGGAGCACGCUGGUCCCUCUCCCUACGGUCCCCCAUCGGUCUCCCAGUACGGGCCCCUGGCCCCAGCCCACCGUGGCUACGCUCCCCUGUAUGACAGCCGGCAUAUGUGGAGGCCCCAGCUGUACCACCGAGAGGACGCCAGGAGUAACUCGCUGCCUCCCGAGGUGCUGCACUCCUCUGUGUACCAGCCCCCCCUUCGAGAGAGAUACGCCUCCCUGGACAGCCCCUACUGCUCAGCGGGGGAGCACAGAGCAGCACUGCACAGGAACUCUUAUGGGCGUUUUCCUCUUGGAUGCGAGGAUCUGUUCAGGCGGAAACAGGAGCAGUGGGCACACCAUCACCACGGCAACGUGAACAGGCUCUCCCAGUCCUCCCCUGUCUUCACCGUAGACUUUGGUGCAGAGCAUGAUGACGGUUGUGGUGGUCAGUGUAUGAACUGUAAGUUCCGUGGAGAGGAGAAUCUGUCCCACUACUCUCCCUGGUCCUGUGGAACCAUCAGCCCCUUUGAACCAGAGCAUCACAAGGCCUCAGCUCACUCCCGCUCCGAAAACUUAGAAGUAGACAAUGGUGAAAGGACGCGGUGGCUACACACGUUUGAUCCCUACCGCCAUCUGAAAGACGAGGACCCCAAGGGGCCCAUCAUACCGUUUGGAGAAGGGCCUAUCAUCUCCAAAUGGGGGGUGAUAUCCCGCGCCUCCCGUACAGGAUACCACACCACCGACCCGGUCCAGGCCACAGCCUGCCAGGGAAGCAACAGCACCAUCCCCAUCAACUUCAGAGAUUAUGGUCCACACAUCGGCCAUGGGGACUACAGGUGGAGCUCCGGGGGGUCUGACUCUUCCAGCCACUCCAGUUUCCUAGAGGGUGAACAGCUAGCCGCCCUUCGGCGGUCCUUCAGCAGUGGAGAGAAGGCUGGUGCAGGACGCAUGCUGCAGACUGACUACUGUAAAGACACGACACAGCAUCAACUGGACAGAGACGUAGAACUGGAGCUGUCUGUACUAGACGUAGAGGACACUGUCCUGCAGGACAACAGUCAACAGUCUGAGAAGCCCCUGGAGCUGAGAGAGACCCACCUCCUCACCCCUCCCAGCAGUGAACCCCAGAGGACACAGACAGACAAGCUGUCAGCAGACAAGAUGGAAGCUCAACUGCUGAAGAAGAUGGCCUUCAGGAGGUCUCUCUCCCCUGGAGGUCUGGGCUCAGGAGGCCUCAGCGUGGGGAAGCUGAUGAUGAGGACCGGCCCUCUGAGACUGGGGGACAUGGGCCCUUGCCCUAACACAGGUCCUGAGAUGCUGCUGAACGGGAACUGAGAGGGCAAACACACCAACCGCCACGCCUGGGGGUCCCGAAGGUGGUCCCGAAGGUGGUCCCGGCCGGGGGUCCCGAAGGUGGUCCCGGCCGGUGGUCCCGAAGGUGGUCCCGAAGGUGGUCCCGAAGGUGGUCCCGGCCGGUGGUCCCGAAGGUGGUCCCGGCCGGUGGCCCCGAGCAGUGGUCCCGAAGCGGUGGUACCGGCCCAGCGCUACACAGCUCCUACACCUGCUGUCACAGUAACAUCUUAGGGUUGUAUAGGCCUGUAUCAUCAGACAGCGAUAAGGUUUCACCCCACUAAUAUCACCAGUCUGAGGGCAUAUUAUAUACAGUAUGCUACUUUAGACCACAGGUAGUGUUGUUUCAAACAUGACAAAGAGAGGUGUAUAGUUCAGACACACACACACACACACACACCAGUAGCCUGCGUCGCAUUUACUCUUUUCUCAUCUUGGCAGGGUCUUUUUUUGAUCAAGUGUUUGUUUGGGUGUGCUGCUCGCUCUCCACUUCCUAUAAUGAUGGGGAUUAUGGUGUUUAUCAUGCUUCACAUGGCAUCCAAUAGUUUUCUUUUUGUUAGUUCUACAAUGUUUCCAAGGUAACAAAGGUGUUCAGCACUAUGGUGUGUGUGUAUGCGAUCAGCAUCUGUUGACAUUGAGCUGAUGACAAUAACAGCACAUUACUAUGCAUUUGUAGUCAUAGGAAGGAUAUUUGCCUCUCGAAAAAUUCAAAGUCUUUACUUUGAAAAAAUAGCGCUAAUUGAACAGGGUUUGUAGGUCUUAAAAGAGGACGAUGAACAGGAAGAGAUGGAGGAUACCAAUACUAGAUGUCGCUCUAGUCCAAACUCCCAUCUACUUUAGACAUUGUAGUAGCCUAUCAAAGGUUCCUAAGGCUUGGCCGUGUUAUCCUGUGUGACGUGUCAUUUGUUGGUCUCAAGCAUUUCAUAGAUGAGAUUCAAGACGAUGACGAUCAAUCCGAUGUCACGGCACUCACGUGUAUGCACAACUGUGGCCUUUUAGUUAUGUUGGUAAAAUAUCUCUUCAUAUUUAGUCUCCACCAUGGGGUUAAUACGUUAACAGCAAAUAGUAAAACAUGUAUCAACAAUCCUUGAUAUAUUCAACAGAUUUCAGUAUUCAGUGGUUCUGGCACCAUCAUGUAUUGCCAUCCUCUGUGCAACUGCAGCCAGGGAUUGAAUUAUAGUGAUCUGCUGUGAUGAAAUGAUACGUCAUACUUACAGAUAUCUGUACACUGUAAUCACAUGACAUAUACUCACAAUGUAAACUGGUUGUUGCAGCUCUUUUUGGUUCUGUGUAUCAAACUCAUAACCUGUGUUUACUAUGACAGAUUGUCAACAAACCACCAGGUGAUUAUUGUGUUGCCUCAUGCUGUCUUUGUUUAGUUCUGUCCCUGUUCAAACUUUUCACUAAAGUUUUGUUAUUUUCUUUGAAGCAUUGCUAACUUCCGUGAAGUUGUUUGUCAAAGUAUUGUGUAUCGGGAUCUCUGUUUUGUUUCGUUGUUGGUCGUCAUUUUUUGGGAAGAAAUGAAACCGAUCCAUCAGUCUGUCUCUAUAUUCAUGUUUCGAGCAGUCUUUUCACUGCUGGUUAACGGUCUAACGAAUACAGACCAUCGUCAUUAUGUGAUCGCUACCGAGGGUCAUGCAUUGGCCUAAAAGGGUCCGUGUUAUUUUACUGCAGUUUUGUGCACUGAAUGUUCUGUUUUGCUGUCUUCUCCUGCCUUUGGGGGUGAAGAUAUUCGGGUGACGCUAUGUGUUAACUUGCAGCACUUAGAUAAACUCUCCUAUUUAUAAUAGGGUUUAUUUUGUUACGGUCUGAAAGGAAGCAGACAGGCUAAGUGAGACAACUUGACCAGUGAUUGAUAAUUCUUAAGGACUGCCCCAUACAUAUAUAGUCAUACAGUAUAUCCAUUCUCUAAGCAUUACUGACAGGCUACUGUAUUUCUGUUGCUCUUCUGUUCCUGUUUCAGACUUUGACUUAAGAAAUUGUCUUAGUGGCAUAUUGUGUACAAUCAAUCAGCGGAGUCCAUUGUUGUCUAAUGGUGGACAGGGCCCUUUAGGGGAUGGGGGCCUUUGGGUAUAAGAUGUGGGCAGGACCAGGGAGUCUAAGGUUUAGAACCUGGUCAAGUUCAAGGGUAGUGUUGUGAUUCUAGACCAAUCUAUCUGGCUCCUGUAGUUUAGAUGUGUUCCAGCAGGGAGUGCUAGAGCCUAGUCUCUGCAGCCCUUAGUGAUGGAGGAUUUAUGUUGCUAAGCUACUGAUAAAGGGUUUACUCAUUACGCUGAUUCUGUUGCAGGAAGCAAACGGAACCAAACGAGGAGGGACAGACCUGAAUUUGUACAAUAGAAACUCUCAUUUUAGUUGCAAAACGUAAUAUUUUGCAACUGUUUGGCUAAUGAUUACACCCCUGAACACAUCUUCAGCACUGAAUAUUAUGGGUCAUGAGUGCAAAUAUUUACAUUAAUGAAUAUAGUUUAAUGUAACUUUUCACCACAUAAAUGCGCUAAGGAGGGAUUUAUAAUUUGCUAUAAUGUGUUAGUAUUAGUAUAGUAUUACCCAGUUGGGAAGGGAAUGGGCACAUUUAAGAACAGUUAUGUAGGUAGAGUUCCCAGAGUGUUCCAGUGCCUGUCUAAUGACUCACUGGUGUAAUGAUCUGAUCGCACUGCACUUUCCACGUCAUCAUUGCAAGAUGUUCUUACUACCCACUAUCCAGCCAGUGCCCCCAGGUCAUGCAUGCUAGUCCCUCUUGUUGUCAUGGCGAAGGAGGAAGUACAUGAUUCUGUAGUUGUGAUACAACACACCCAGCGAUGUAAGUGUUCUGCACAUGCCCACUGUGUGGCCACGCCAAGUAUUUUAGCCUGCCUGCAGCAUCUGACUGCAGCAUCACUGCAGCAUCUGACUGCAGCAUCUGACUGUUUACUGCUUCUGAAGUGCUUUAUUAUUGAUAACGAUCUAUGUAUUAUUACUUACUACCAUCAUUGGUUGAGUUGUAGUACUUCACUCUGGAUAAGUCAAGUCUGCUUCUUCAGUUGAAUUUUGAACAUUUUCUGAAUAGUCAAAGUUAGCCGAGGAUGGUCUUGUAAGGUGAAAACAUUUGCCUGUUUGUCAAUUGUACAACUAUGACGGAACUGAUGUUUGAAUAUUUAUGUCUGUAUUAGACAUUUUCUUAGCAAAUCUAUUGUUGGAUUGAAAUGUAAAUGAAAUACAAGACGGUGCACACAUCCAUUAUUAUUGUACACGGCUGGCACCAUCGUUAGAUGGACUAACUGCUCGUUUAUACAACAAAAUGUAAUCAGAUAUUUCAAUAAAUACUGAUAUAGAGGGACAAAUAAAGGUUUCAGAAUGAUGAAACUGGCUGAGACAGCAUAAAAAAAUGUCUAAAUGAAUAAUAUGUAUUCCAUUUAUUUCAUUUGAAAUAUCACUUUGUGAAAGGUUUCCCUGCAUUGCAAGGCAAUACCCUGAACCGUAUUCUUAGUUUGAAGUAUUGAUUGUGUUCAGAUGUGACCUGCCAACUGCCUGACCUGUUGGUUGUCUUUGUGUGCUAUUUGCUCCUGCACUGACAGCUUGGCCAAGCAGAAUACUCCGAUACUUUUUUGAUGGACCAGGCAGACCUGUGAAAUCAGAGGGAGAUGUCAGUACCUGAAACUUUGCAUGCUACAAUAAAUGAAAAACAAACACAAAA